GCCACGGAGCGCGUCGGUUUGUUGUCCUAGAGGGGCCUGUCUCUCCGGGAAGGAGCCAAUAUGGAACUGCCGCGGGACGGACGAUUUUUUAGGCGAAAUGUUGGGGCGAGGUCCACUGUGUCGUCGUGUUCGUCUUUCGCCAUGGAGGUUAAGAGAAAGAAAAUAAGAGAAAGCACAUUGUUUUUACAAAACGAGGCGACUGCAAGAGGAAUGAGAGGCAUGAAACGGUGCACAAGCCUGAAUGACACUGAGCAGAUAAUAGAGGACAUGAAUUUGUUGUAUAUACGACAAAUUUCUAAGAAAUUACAGGACUGUGAUAUUCAAGAGAAGAUGGACUUUGAGAUGCGAAUGAGAGCGGGCGCAUACAAGCUUCUGGUUGCCAGCACCAAGAGAGAACAAAUUCUUGAUGCAGCCAAAAGCCUGAUAACCUGCAAUGCAAGAAUCAAAGCCUACAUGGCUGAGGCACAGAGGAGGAAGGAACAGCAGGACAUGGCGGAGAAUCUUAGGAGGAGAUCCUUGGACUCUCAGAAUCGAGUGGCUUGUAAAGGCAAAGUAGCUAUAUCUGGUCUACGAAUCCCACUGUUUUGGAAGGAUUCUGAACAUUUCAGCAACAAAGGGAAUUCUCAACGUAUGGCAGUUUUCUGUCUAAUGAAGAUGGGCUCUGAGAUAUUUGACACAGAGAUGGUGAUUGUUGACCAAUCAGUGACUGAUAUCUGCUUUGAGGGUGUAACUAUCUUUUCUGAGGCUAAGCCGGACUUUGAGCUGGCAGUUGAACUCUACAGUUGUGCAGUAGAAGAGGAGGUAACUCUGGUAAACACGCCAAAGAAACUGGCCAGGAAAUUUCGUUCCUCUUUGGGCAAAGCAUCUGGGAAGAAACUUUGCCCCGCUCUAGAUGGAGGGGAUCCUGAUGCUUUUCUUGAGUCCAACCCAAUGCCACCUGGGGUACAAUAUUCUCUGCUGGCAUACACAAGCCUGUGUUUGGAACAGGCAGAAGGCUCAUUCCAGUCUCACUCACUCAUAGUCUUACAGAACGUGGCGGCAUCAUCAUGGCUGCCUCUUUAUGGGAAUCUGUGCUGUCAGCUGGUGGCACAGCCUCACUGCAUGACACAGGAUAUGAUGAGCGGCUAUCUUAGCCAACAGCAAAGUAUUGAGGGUUUGCAGCGCUGCUGCAGGCUGUACUGUGUGCUGAAGGCUGGCCUCCUCUCCUGCUAUUUCACCCCUGAGGAGAUCCAAGCCAAGGUGGAGCCUAGCUUUGUUAUUCCUAUAAACAAGGACACCCGCAUUCGUGUGGUGGAAGGGCAUCAGAAGAGUGGGUCUAGACUGAGUCUGAUUAAUCCUGGGAUUGGAGACCCUGCUAGCCAUGUGUUCACAGCGGAAACACCAGAACAAUUACAGGACUGGCUGAAUGCCCUUUGGCAACACAUUCAUGACAAGAGUCAGUGGCAGCAUACCUCUGACAGGCUGAUGGAGAUUCAGAUUUUGUCCCCACGGAAGCCCCCACUUUUCCUCACCAAACAAGCUGACUCUGUUUACAAUGAUCUGAGUAUUGGUUCACCAGGGAAAUUUGAGAGUUUGACUGAUAUAAUUCACAACAAGAUUGAGGAAACUGAUGGGCGUUUUCUUAUUGGCCAAGAAGAGCAAAGGGAAUCUCCUCAUUGGGCAGCCCUGUUUGAGGGCUCCCAUUCGAUGGUGGUGCAGAAAACAGUUUUGUCACCAGGUAAAGAGGAUGCCCAGUCCACUUCCAGUCCAACUUUAAACAGCAACAAGAAGAGAAGAGCUCCUCCACCUCCUCCUGAUAAAUUACCAUUUGUCCAACCUGUCCCAUGUCUUCUGGAGAAGGAGAACUCUUGUAAGGCGAUGAGGCCUCGAACAGGGCGGCCUUCGCUGGAUGCUAAAUUCUCUGCCAUCAUUCAGCAGUUACAGAAGACCCAUGCCCCACCACGCAAAAAUCCACCUUUAGCCCAAAUUGAACCUUCUCGGAACCCUUACACUCCAAAAAGGGAUAUUGAGCUUGCCCAGGCCGAACACACAGAAAAAAUGAGCACCGAAGCUCUUCAGCCUCCCAUCCCUGCCCCCAGAAACAAACUGAGGAAGUCUUUUAGAGAAAAGAUUAAUCCCAAAGCCUGGUGAGCUACUAACAAAUCCAAAUCAACCAUACAGACAGCAUAUCCUUUGUCUUGUCUUCUUUUUACUUGUUUCAGUACUAUCAGUUGAUUGUUAGUUUUGGUAGUUAAUCCACAACCAUAACCUAUUUGUACACAACUGUAGAUUUCAACGUUGAAUGGCAGAACUGAAGCCUAGCUUAUGGCAGCUAAUCAUACAUGUCUAACUGACCUUACAAACCUAACAAACUGUGAACACAUGCAUUCAUAAAUAUAAACACUUACAAGUUUAACAAAUAAUAAUAAUAUAAAGAACCACUAAACUAUGCGUACUUUUGAUAAGGAACUUGGCACAUGGAGUUGUAAGAUGCACAUUAGGUGGCAGCUGGUGCUGUUCUCAUAUAUUUUGAAAGCACAUGCAUAUACCCAUCUGUAGUUUACACAAAUUGAAUGAAAUGCCAUUAUUGUAUAGGUGAAACAUGGAAAUUUGGGCUCAAAAGUUGGAAUCAUGUUAUUUUUAGGAUUAUUUUAUUAGCAAAAAAGUAACUGGCCUAGAAAACUCUAGCUGCAUUUCAAAACAUUUUUAUAUUUAAGACUUUUUUUUUUUCUUGAGGGUGGUUUUAGAUAUAUAAAAUGCAUUUUCUGUAGAAAUGUGUCAUGAAAUUUGACUUAUGACUAUUUUCUGUAGAUGUUUCUUAAAUGUGUACUAAGCUAAUUGUUCAGUGUCUACUAGACUAUACUGCAGAAUAUAAGUUCCAGCUUGGAGAUUCUUAAAGGCAUGGGGAAAUAAUACACUUUCUUUAGACUGAUUAAACUUUAACAAAGAUAAAUAUUAGUUAAUGGUUCUAGGUCUGGAAUUUUGCAUCAUCAUGAGAGGAAAAAUUGCUUACAGUGGUCAGUGAAUUGGCACAUUGGCAGUCUUUUUACUGCUCUUGGCCUAAAACCACGGGAAUGAUGCAGAAUAUACCACAUAGUAAGUCAUGCAACUGACAGCCUUUCAUUUCAUAGUGAUGGUUAUUGUGCAAUACCUUCUUUUUCUCUUAAGCAGAAUCGUUCUGUAGUAACUCCUUCCAUGUACAUGUAUUUGUUUUUUGCAAUUCAUGUAAUUUUGUUUCUCUUUGGUCCAGAAUAAACAACUGUAACCACCUGCUUUAA